AUGAGACGCUGUUCCGGGAAUGACUCCUUAGAAGAUUUCAGUACAUCUACUUCAUCUUUGGAUAGAUCCAGCUCUCAGCAGGCGAACAUUCCCGAAAUGGUUGAAGAUGCGCUGGAAAUCAUCAGUCAAGAUGGGGAUUACAUGGAGCGUAUCGGCAUGGAUGUGAGGAUGCAAUGCAUUCUGUGCUCCUGGGCUGGACCCAGGAUCAUACUCGAAUAUCACAUUAGGAAGGAUCAUUCGCAUCAGAUUCAUAAACAAGACAAGAACGAAUGGAACAUAACGUACACCCUCGGCGGUCUGGUGCAGCAGCGGCUGUGGUCGAGCCAAGUGGUGGAGUACGCGCGCACGCUGUACGUACUCAGCGCCAAGUACGAGGACCCGGAUUGCAUAAUGGCAACACUCACGAUGCUUUCUGCAGAGUCUGCGCCGAAAGCUGGUACAAUAACUAUAUACAAUAAAGUAACAGGCCAACCGUACACAUGGUCCGGCAACAUAGAACUGUUACCACCCAGUUUGCCUUACUUUAUGGACCAAGUCUGCCUAAAACUAGAAAUAUCCAGUAUAAACCUGUUGCCGAACAGUGCUAACUUGAAAUUAUUGAACAGGGAACUAGUAUUACAUUCACCGUACAAAGUUGUGGUUGGUCACCCAGAGUUGAAUGAUAUUCAAAUUAUUUUAUUUAUUAAGAUUUUUAAUUAG